AUGGUGAUUGAUUAUGUGAUAGCGGAAGCAGAGGGGAGGGAAAAAAUUGUAAGCUUGGAAGUAGGGGACAAUGUGGACUCAGACCACCACCCGAUGAUAGUGAAGCUGAGGGCGGGAGGGAAGCAGAGGACGAAAGUGGAAAAGGAAAGGAGAGCAAUAGCGAGAGGAAACUGGACGGAGCAGGGGAGGAGUAAGUUCACGGAAGAACUAAAUUGGACGAAAAGCAGGGGUGGCAAAGUUGAAGAGGAUAUGGAAGAAAUGAUAGAGCAAGUUAAAAGAGGGUUAGAAAAAAGCAGAGAAAAGGGACAGAUGUCCAAGAAAAAAGGAUGGUGGGAUGAGGAGUGCAAGAAAAGAAAAAAGGAACUCAGGGGAGUAUUAAGAGAGUGGAGGAAGGGGCGGGCGGAGGGAGAAAGCUACAGGAAGACAAAGAGGGAGUACAACAAUUUAUGCAAAGAUAAAAAGAGAGAGGAAAACGAGAAGUUCGUAAAAGAAGUGGAGGGCAGAUUGGGAGGUAUGGAGAAUAGUGAACAGAGAAAGGAAGAAAAGAGAACAGAUUCACGCAAGUAUAAAGGAGGAAGAGUGGAAAACCCACUUUAUGAACCUGCUAGGUAG